AAUUGAACCAUUUUGAAAAUUACAGACAAAUAAUAUGAAAUGGAAAUUUACACUGUCGACCGUAAAAGUGUUCAGCCAUUUCUACGGCGACUUUACAAUGCGGCAGCAGCGUUGGGCCAAUCACAUCCUGCCACGCGCCAACAUGUAGUACUUUUAUGGUGGUACGACACUGGUGUUGCUGAGAACCUAAUUCCAGCAGGCCUAGAACCUGAAUUUGAUGUUCAUCGAGUAUUUCCACACAAGCUACCGCCUUUAAUUAUACCAAAUUCAUAAUAAAUUGAAAGCUACUUGUCCCACAACAAAAAUUCUCUCAAAUCUGCAUGCCAUCGUGUAGUAUAUUUAAUUUAAUGGAAUAUUAAUUUUUAAGCAGUGUGUGUGUGUGACUAAAAUAAGGUGGCAAGAUGCUCAGCAACUUUAUCUUUUGCUUCAGAGAGAAGAACAAACGAUUUUCUUUUUGGGUGUUUCAAAUUGCAUGAGACAGAUUCGCCUUGGAAGGCGCUAAUUGCUAAGAGAAGAUUUGGGUAAAUAUAGGUUGGAGACGGUGCUAUUUUUAAGCGUUAUUACUGCGAGUGAAAAAGAGUAGGAGAUCAUGGCAGGAGGAGGAGGAGCAGCGCCGCCGCCCAAGCAAGAUGAGUUAAUGCCACAUCCAGUCAAAGAUCAGCUUCCCGGAGUUUCUUUCUGCAUCACUAGCCCACCUCCAUGGCCUGAGGCUAUAUUACUUGGGUUCCAGCACUUUCUUGUGAUGCUUGGCACAACUGUGCUCAUACCCUCCUUUUUGGCUCCCCAAAUGGGGGGAGGAAAAGAAGAGAAAGCUUUGAUGAUUCAGACACUGCAGUUUGUUGCUGGUUUGAACACACUAGCUCAGACAUUGUUUGGCACUCGGCUACCAGCUGUGAUCGGAGGUUCUUACACCUUCGUGCCCGCCACUCUGUCUAUUGUCUUAGCUGGUAGAUAUAGCGAUGUUUUGGACCCUCAUGAGAAAUUCAAGAAGAUCAUGAGAGGAAUUCAAGGAGCUAUGAUUGUAGCUUCCACUCUUCAGAUUGUCAUCGGCUUCAGUGGUCUGUGGCGCAAUGUGACCAGGUUAUUGAGCCCCCUUUCCACAGUUCCAUUGGUGGCUCUUACCGGGUUUGGGCUGUAUGAAUUAGGCUUUCCUCUGCUUACAAAAUGUGUGGAGAUUGGACUGCCUCAGCUUGUUUUGCUUGUGAUAUUUUCACAGUACUUGCCACAUCUGAUGAAAGGGGGAAGGAAUGUGUUUGAUCGGUUUGCAGUGUUAUUCUCUGUGAUCAUCGUUUGGAUAUACGCUCACCUACUCACUGUCGGCGGAGCAUACAAGAACGUGCCACUAACGACUCAGCUAAGCUGCAGAACUGACCGUGCUGGAAUCAUAGGUGCUGCUCCUUGGAUCAGAGUUCCAUAUCCGUUUCAAUGGGGAGCUCCCAGCUUCAAUGCUGGAGAAUCAUUUGCCAUGAUGGCAACUUCAUUUGUAGCCCUUGUUGAGUCAACUGGUGCUUUCAUUGCUGUGUCAAGGUAUGCCAGUGCAACUCCUGUUCCACAUUCUGUUCUCAGCCGCGGCAUUGGCUGGCAGGGAGUGGGCAUAUUGUUCUCCGGAAUUUUUGGAACGGGAACUGGAUCAUCGGUGUCUGUCGAAAAUGCCGGUUUGUUAGGGCUGACACGUGUUGGCAGUCGUAGAGUGAUACAAAUUUCUGCUGGUUUCAUGAUAUUCUUCUCCAUACUAGCAAAAUUUGGAGCUGUCUUCGCCUCAAUCCCUGCUCCAAUUGUUGCUGCUCUGUAUUGCCUUCUCUUUGCCUAUGUUGGUGUUGGUGGGCUUGGUUUCCUGCAGUUCUGCAAUCUCAACAGUUUUAGGACAAUGUUCAUUCUUGCAUUCUCGGUGUUCAUGGGAUUGUCCGUGCCACACUACUUCAACGAGUACGAAUCCGUGAAAGGCUAUGGACCGGUUCACACCAAUGCAAGAUGGUUCAACGACAUGAUCAACGUGCCCUUCUCGUCUGAGCCAUUCGUGGCUGGCUUGUUGGGUCUGUUUCUGGACCUGACCCUGCCCCCCAAGGACAACACGACGAGGAAGGAUAGAGGCAUGCAUUGGUGGGACAAGUUCCGGUCUUACAAGACAGACACUAGGAGCGAAGAGUUCUACUCUCUGCCUCUCAAUCUCAACAAGUUCUUCCCAUCAGUCUAGUCUUUCAUCACAUUAUCAACUCUUUUCUUCACCUACUCUAGAAUCAAGAUGAUUAUUUUAUACUGUUUGUGUCAAAUUUUUGCGUGCUUGUCUGAAAUCUCUUUCUUCUUGUAAAAAUGAGAUCAUGAUUUUCUUAUUAGGAAACUUGCACUCCCUUAAGAUGUAAUGACAAAUUAACUUCUCUUAUUUA